CUAAAUACAUUUUUACUUUUGGAGUACGCGGAUCCAUAGUUCGCCUGUUGUUGGCUGUUGUUUUGUUGGCUUUUGGCUUGACGUGUAUUCGUGUUAUUUUUUGUUUGGCGUUCGUUUAUUUUCAUAAUGUUUUGUCGUGAGUGAAAGGAAGUCCAAUUAAAUCGAGGUUAUUAUCGAAACUUUUUUUGAUAAACAGAAUGAACUAAGAAGUAAGUUGUGUAAAGGAUCCUUGUCCUUAUUUUGACUGAGUGAAUUUUCUGUGAUUGCAAUCAUGGUGCAGGAGUACGUUUCUUCCGUGAGGGUGCACAAAUAUCCCUUCGAAAUGGUUAUGGCGGCAUACGAAAGACGGUUUCCGAACUGCCCUCAGAUACCAGUGGUCUUGGAGUGCGUCAUCACAGAUGAUAGCUGGACGGCUGAUGAUGCGCAGCGUCACACUACCAGACGCUGUCAGCUUAACGUAGAAGCACCUUAUAUUCUGAAAAAGAUGAUAGGUGUGGACCACGUAUACUUCAUCCAGAAGAAUCAUCUGGACCUCAAGAGUCGUAUUCUGGAUAUUGAAGCCACAAAUGAGACUUUCGCAUCGAGGGUGUCUGUUGUCGAGAAAUGUCGUUACUAUGUUCAUCCCGAGAACACGAACUGGACAUGUUUCGAGCAGAGCGCGCUCCUCGAUGUGAAGAAUUUCUUCGGUCUAGAGAGCACUGUGGAGAAGAUAGCUAUGAAACAGUACGCCUCCAACAUUGCAAAAGGCAAGGAGCUAAUUGAAGAGUUCAUGAAAGAAGUCUAUAACGAUGGCGUGAAGGAGCUCAAACCCUGGACAUCAUCUGACCCCUCACUCAACCGGGAGCUCCGUCGCGUGGUGUCCCGUGACACGGAGCCAUUAUCCCCACGACCCGCUGCUGAAACCAAGAAACAUUCUUUACCAGACCAAUACUCGCUGGACAGUGAGUAUAUAAAGCGAUAUCUGGGAGAGCUAACUCCGAUCCAGGAAUCCAGGCUUCUGCAGCUAAGAAAGUGGAUAGCUGAUCUGCAGAAAGGCAAGGUUCCAAGCGAUACGACACUUCUUCGUUUCCUCCGCGCGAGAGAUUUCAACGUCGAAAAGGCGAGAGAGAUGCUCUCCCAGUCUCUCCUAUGGCGGAAGAAACACCAAGUGGACAAGAUCCUGUCGGAGUACGAGACUCCUGAUGUCGUCAAACAGUAUUUCCCUGGGGGCUGGCAUCACCACGAUAAAGACGGCCGACCCCUAUACGUGCUUCGUCUGGGGCAGAUGGAUGUUAAGGGACUGCUCAAGUCAAUUGGAGAGGAUGGCCUUCUUAAGUUGACUCUUCACGUAUGUGAAGAAGGCUUGAAAUUACUAGAAGAAGCAACUCGAUCAUCAGAGCACGCUGUCCAUUCCUGGUGCCUCUUGGUAGACCUUGACGGUUUGAACAUGAGGCAUCUAUGGAGACCAGGCGUCAGGGCUCUGCUACGAAUUAUCCAGAUAGUGGAAGCCAACUACCCCGAGACCAUGGGCAGAGUUCUCAUCGUCAGAGCUCCUAGAGUCUUCCCGAUAUUGUGGACUAUUGUGAGCACGUUUAUCGAUGAAAACACCCGCAGUAAGUUCUUGUUCUACGGUGGCAAGGAUUAUUUACAAGCUGGAGGGUUACUCGACUAUAUACCCAAAGAAUACAUCCCAGACUUCCUCGGCGGGCCCUGCAAGAGUUUUGUCCACGAGGGCGGGCUGGUACCGAAGAGUUUGUACGCGAGCGGCGCCUUCACUGAAAGAGAUGGGGAUCCUCUCUCCGAAGAUAGUAUAUAUAGAUCAGUCAGCCUGGCCAAAGGACAGGUUCACGAAAUGAUAGUGGUGAAUCGUGACCCUCAGAGUGUACUGACGUGGGACUUUGACGUGCUCCGUCACGAUAUAUCUUUCACCGUAUUUCGGACUGACUGCGAGCUGGAGCAGCCUGACCAGACCGAUCACGCUGCUGCAGUUUGCGUGGGAGGGGCGGCCAUAGAGGAGGGUAAAUCUUUGUUGGAGGCGCGAGGGUGGCGAGAGGGAGAACAUUACCAUCGCGUGGAACCUGCCCUUAUUUGCCACGACGGGGAAAGCAUACAGGGCUCCCACGUGAUGUCCGAAAGCGGCAGUUAUCUGCUGCAGUGGCGCUGUGAGCUGCUCGACUCCUCUCGUGCAGCCCAGCUCAUGUACUUCCACGAGAUCCUUGCCAGCCAUCACUACAAAGGUUCAAUGUCGAGCCUCCAAUCGGCCACGAGCGGAUUCUCCUGCUUGAGCAACAAGUCGGGUAGCUCCUGCCCGUCGCGGUGAUGCGAGCUGCCCGCGCCGCCGCGCUAGAGCGGACAGCGGAGCGGAGAGCGGAUCACCAUUUCGUCCUAUGCGAAGAGUAGAAUCCUAUCUUUUGAGAUUUUUUAAAAUUGUAGCUAAUUUUGUCAUUUGCGAGACAUUAAUUCUGACAAUGUAAUGUGGGAAUAAUGUGUUUUAUGAAUUACAAAAAUUUAUAUACAAAAGCCGAUGGAGCAAGUGAGAAACAGAAGUUGUGUCUUUGUGUCAGAAUUAUUCUCAACAAAGGAAAUUAUGUUUAAAAAGGAAAUUAAUACAAUUCUAGUUAAUAUUAGAUUUAAUAAAAUCAUUACCCAAACUUUUAGACUUUUAAAAGUAAAUAUUCUUUUAAGAAUGUUUAAAUCGAUUAAUAUUUUCUUAAUUAAAUAAUGAAUGACUCGACUGCUGAUGUUUUUUUGCAAUUGCAGUGAUUUUUCACGCCCAACGUGUAACUUAAAAAUGUGGAAUUGAAAACCGUUAUCGUUUAGAUAAAGUAAUAUUUAUGACCCAGCUCAGCCGUCUCAUCGCAACGUGAACCGUAAUACCUUGAAAUAGAGUAUAUUUUCGAUCAAUUAAGCGUUUAGAAUAUGUAGCCAAUAAGAAACUUAAUUAUCGUACGCAUGUGUCAACUUGUAAAGUAUUUUUUUUAUCGAAUAUUUUGUUGUUUUAGGUCAUUUUUUGUAAUUUUAUCGUAUUCAUUUGUAAGACGUGAAGUUUUCACUACUUUUAAACACCUAUCCUCGUAAAUGUAUUUGUAUGUAUGUAAAAGUAUUUCGCCCUUCUAAACAAAAUUUAAUAUAUUUUCGUAGACUAAAAAUUAUUUCCGCACUUUUCAACACAAGUAAUCAUCCGUCUCUUUUCAUCACACUGUAAACACAAGUUGACAGAAAGGGACGUAAGAGUACUUUGAUUAGAUGCGGACAAUCAGACGAAACAUUGUCUAUAGCGUCUUAAAAGUAAUGAUUAGCAAAACAAAUAAAGAAUCUUAAAGAUUAGUUUUAUAAUUUAAAGAAGAAGCGGUUCCUUUUUUCUAUAUGUAUGUAAAAAUAGCCAUAAGGAUUUCCUAUUAAAGGUUCGGUCAAUUGUAUGUUACGUGUGAUAACGGGCAAAGUAAACGUAGAAAAAAAAAUCUAGGUAAUUUUUUUUUGUGGUCUUUGAUUAAAUGUAGCCUGGAAUCUGCUGGGGUUCACUGGUCCGGGAUAGUUUAUGGAGUUCCUGUUCGUGUUUCGAAACAAUAAUUGUUUCGCCGGAAAACGAACCUAAACCUUUUUCUACUUUUACUGUGCGCCGAAACGUAAGAGUUGUAACUCAAAUUGAGGUUGUAGUGCGGCCGAUAUGGAUUGUAUGUCAAUAUUUUUUCAAAAUAAAUCAGAGAUGUAUAUUAAUUAGAUUAUAGAAUAAUAAAUCCAAAUAAAAUUAUCGUAUCAAAUAGACAUUAGAUUCUAAUUGGGAUAUUCGUCCACAAAAAAAUGUUCAAAAAUGACUAUAGAUAUUUAGAGCGAUAUAAAUAAUCAAUAGACUGUACAGAAUUAGCCCAUUUAAGACAUUGAAGAGAGAUUAAGGCACGUAGAAGUUCGCCGUCAGGUAUACCCCGAACAGGCGUGUGUAUAAAAUUACAUCAAUAUUUGUUCAUUCUUCGAUUUGACACCAAAGAUUUCUUCAAAACCAAUUUAGGAAGAAAAUAUCCAAAAUUAUUAAUAUUUAAAACAAAGUUUCCGAUAUUUUUCCACGACCAUGGUAUGGUAUAUAUUCGUACGUUGUAUUCAUAUGUUCUAUUUUGAGUAUAUGGUUUUCAUACAAAAUUUCUUAGUAUUUUUAGAGUACAAACUGUCAAAAUGUUUCCUCUAUUUUGAUUCGAGGCAAGAUUAGGUCUGGGUAUGUGUUUAACUAUGCUACCCAAAUUGUACUCUAUGACAAAAUAAAUGAAAUAAAUGAGCCAAUCUUCGUAGGCCUAAGUAAUAACUAAUUGUAGGAUAAUUUAGUGAAUAGUUUUCCAUAUCAAAAAAUGAAAAUGGUCGCAUUAUGUGAAUAUUUGGUCUUAUUCAUAAACAUGAUUGAUGUUACAUAUUAUAUGUUUUUAACAAAAUAAAUGAAUGCUAGUUUUGUGAACAGUACUAUUGUGACCUUAUCUAAAAAUGUAUUAUAAUAAAAGUAAAUCGUAAUAUUUAGUUAAAUGGUUGUAGGGGUUCGUAUACCAGAAAGUAAAACAAAAAGUAUUUCAAGAACUUUAAAACUUCUCAAGGUGUAUGCUGACGAGUUGGGGUACGUUUUGGAAUGUGAGCCGUAAUUUUCCUGUUUAACUUUAGAAGUAAAUAGUUACAUUUGUUAAAAUUAACUAAAAAAUAAAUUAGGCUUCUAACACUGAUUUAACUAAAGUACUGAUCCCUUGAAGUCUAAUCUAAUAGGAUAAUAAUCUAAAUAGAAACCUUACGGACUAUACAUUUGAAAGUCUAGCUGCCCAUUAAUGAAGAGAGGAUAGCGCAUGGAAUUGUUGUUUCUACAAAUUAAUCGUAUAUAUUUUGCUAACAUUAGCAAAAUUAUUUUUAACGCUUUACCAAGUUGUGCCAACCAUAAGGCUGGUGCUGUGGGAGAUCAUAUAAAAUAAUAUAAAUUUCUCAGACAAAUAUUCUCAAAAAAAUUGGUACGCGGAUCUCAGUACUCGAGAGCCCGCCCGCUAACAUUACGAUCGUAAUUUCGACAUAUACUUUAGUUAAAACAGUGAUUAAACUAACACUUAAAAAUAGGAUACACAGGAAUUGAUAAGUUUUUUUUGUAAUCUAUGAUAAUGAUUUAAUGAUUAAGGUUUUUUAAGUUACUUUAAAUACCGUUUUAUAUGUUUUAUUCAGCUUAAUUGUUUUUUUUUAUAUUGUGUGCAAUUCUGCGUACCCAGAGCUACUCUAUGAAAUUGUUAUAUUAGGAAAUAUUAUAUCAUAGUAGAAUUUAUUGAUUAUUAAAAUUAAAAUUUUCA